AUGGAGAUUUUGCAGCAUAUUAUUUUGAUUUUCGCGAUUUACUACGUGGAAGCCAAGUAUUUAAAUGUGGAUUAUCAUUAUGAUGAAGAUGCGAAGGUUUGGCUUAAACUCCACAGAAUAAAAACAACCUGGCAUGAUGCACGCAAGAUGUGUAAUUUGGAAGGUGCGAUUUUGGCAUCACCUUUGGAUGAACCAUUAAAAGAUUCUUUAAAUAAUUACACAAAAGCCUAUGGCAUCGACCGGAUCCACAUCGGAAUACACUCAACAUUUUCCAGUAAAUUAUGGCAUUCAAUUGAAGGAAUACCAUUACAAAUGUUGAUGGAUCAUUUGGAUGUUGCUCCAUUGGAGAACUCUGAUCAUUCCUGUGGUGUGUUGGAGGAUAGAUUUAUGGUGAGCGGCAGUUGUCAGAAGGCACAUCCGUAUAUUUGCUAUAAACGCGAUAAAAGUGAUCUGGAAUUAACAUCAUGUGGAACCGUUGAUAAAGAUUACGUAUUGGAUGAGAGAACUGGUAGCUGUUAUAAGUUCCAUAUUGAAGCAAAGCCGUGGGUUGAGGCGUACAAAACUUGCUUUGCAGAACAAGCGUACUUAGCAAUAAUUAAUAAUAAUGCUGAGGUACAAGUGCUAAAAGAAAUUUUUGCAAGACAUCCUAGUUACACUAUUAAAUCUGGCCAACCGGAUGUCAUGAGUAUCGGUUUUGUUGACUGGGAACAUAACAAACAAUGGUAUACGAUUCAUGGUGAACGUUUAGAAGAUUCUGGAUACUCUUUAUGGGAAAAAGGAGAGCCAAACAAUGCGGGUGGAAAUGAAUAUUGUGGCAACGUAAAUCGUGAGGGCUUUUUAAAUGAUGAACCAUGUUAUAAAGAAUGUGCUUUUGUAUGCGAAAAGGAUGUAAGACUUAUGCACACUAAUGAUACUACUAAUCCAAUGCCUAGUGAGAGUUAUACGAUUAAGUCAAUGUAUAAUGAAAAUCUAUAUACGACUGACUCAGUACCUAGUGAACAUAUGUAUACGACUACAUCAGCGCCGAGUGAUAGAAUAUAUAUGACUAAAUCGCAACAAAGUGAGAGUCUAUAUACAACUACAUCUCAACUAAGUGAUAAUCUACGAGUAUAUAUGACUAAAUUACAACAAAGUGAUAGACCACAUAAGUCUUAUGAAAUACCCAAGGUACAUUUUCAUCCACUAUAUUAUUAUACAAAUACAUAU